AUGCUGAAGUCGACGUAUACACCCCCGCCUCCAUUGCCACCUGGGUGGACAGAACAUAAAGCCCCGUCUGGUCAUUCGUAUUACUACAAUGCAGCAACGAAACAAUCUACGUAUAAACGCCCAACAGCGGUUCCUGUUUCCACAGCUCCGUCAGCAGAAUCUGCGUCUACCUAUAUUCCGGAGAACCUUCCUCCAUUUUCCUCUACUCCUUAUGGGCCGUCCGUGGGAGCCAAUCAGCCAAGUCUACCUUUCAAGAACAAUGCAUUCGCGCAGUAUUACAGAGGCUACGAUAGUGGCAAAGGUCGCGGAGGUCGGCGGUAUCGUGAAUCCAACGAUCGCCCAAAGUCAAAACGUAUCAUCCCCGGUUGCACUCCAUGGCUUUUGGUGAAAACAAGAUAUGGACGGCGCUUUGUACAUAAUCCAGAAACAAAUGAGAGUUAUUGGAAGUUUCCGGAACGUGUUCUAAAAUGCGUGAUAGAGUUUGAUCGUGUGGAGAGAGAAAAGAAACAGCAAGAAGAGGGCGACACUCAACAGUCACGCGACGUCAGCCAAAAGAUCGAAGAGGAAGAGGAAGAACGAAAAGAAAGAUCUCAAGCUCAAGACAUCCCUGCGGAAGCUGCAGCCAAUGAGGAGCAAAGCGAUGAAUACGAGGAAGUGGAGGUGACCGACGAUGAGGACGAAGAGCAGCUGAGCAAGCGAGUCCGGAUGGAAGCGGAGGAAGGGGUUGAUGAUCGACCGUUGGAAUUCAAUGAAGAGGACAUCGAAUAUCAGCUUGCGGCCAUGGGCGAAGAAUACGGAUUGGACCCCGGUGAAUACGGAGAACCUGGUGAGGAGGGUUGGGAAGAAGGCGUGGAAGGUCUUUCUCUGACUGAUGAAGAAGCCACUGCACUAUUUUGUGACUUGCUUGAUGACUUUCGGAUUAAUCCGUUCACUACCUGGGAUAAAGUCAUCGAGGAAGGUCGCAUUAUUGAAGACACCAGAUAUACUGUGCUGCCAAACAUGAAAUCAAGACGCGAAGCGUUUGCUACCUGGAGCCGCGAUCGUAUACAGGAGGUAAAAGCACGCAAGCAAAAAGAGGAGAAGAAAGACCCGCGAAUCACAUACAUCGCCUUUUUGCAGGAGCACGCCACGCCCAAACUAUACUGGCCGGAAUUCAAACGCAAAUUCCGAAAGGAGGAUGAGAUGAAAAACACUCGAUUGUCAGACAAGGAUCGCGAGAAACUUUAUCGUGAUCAUAUAGCACGUUUGAAAAUGAGCGAAAGCACUAGAAAAUCGGACUUGUCAGCACUGCUAAAGUCAGUUCCUUUGCAACAAUUGAACAACUCGUCGAAUACUCAAGCUCUUGCUCCUGCGAUUUUGACUGACAUACGCUAUAUCUCUUUACCUCCUAAGAUUCGAGAUCCAUUGAUAGAAACAUAUAUAUCGACCCUUCCGCCUCCCCCUGAAGAAGAAAUAUCUGCUCUAUCAGUCCAAGAACAACAAGAACGUGAGCAAAAGAGACUUGAACGAGAUAGAAGAGAGAAAGCCCUAGUUGAAAGAGAGCGCCGAGUUGAAGAGGAGAAGCGGCGCCUAAAGGGAGACUUGCUCCAUGGGAAGAAGCUUUUACGGCAGGAGGCUGCGGAAAUUCAAGAAGCUAUGCAAAUUAGAGGCAGGGAAGGUUUGAAAAGUUAUUUCCAAAUUCAAGAUGGAGAUGAGGCUAGCAAUCAUGCUACCCAAUAA